AUGUCGGUAGUACCUGACCAUUAUUGGAAGAAGCUCCUUGUCAGUGCCACGGGCCUGGCGUCAGAGGAACAGAGCACAUCCGAUUCGCUCCGGACGAUGUCAGAAAAGGAUCGGGAAUGGCUGGAGAAAGUGAUGAUCGAACUGGUGGACGAGACCGAUCUCGGGCGAUCAUUAGAACGGACGAUGAACGGUCUCAAAGUUCUAGCUGUGAAAGCGGAACUAAGCGAAGAAGACCACGAGAAACUUGAGGAACUAUCAACAAAAUUGGAAGACCUGGUUCAAUACGCGGAUUUGACCACAUACUUCUUGCGUGAACACGGGCUCGAGCUUGCUGAAAGGUUUUUGAAUUAUACCGCACGACCAGAAGUGCCGUCAAUUUAUGCUGACGUCCUAGCGACAUUGAGCGAAAAUAAUCCACAAGCCCAGGAAGCAAUAGCUACGAGUGGGCUCCAAGGCCGUCUCCUCGAACUGCUUACAAAUUGCAACAAUGAGCAACUCCAGUCUAAACUACUUCGUACGAUAUCUUGCGCCGUUCGGUCGAAUGUCGUCGCCUUCGACGCAUUCGUCUCUAACAAAGGGCCCAGUAUGUUGACGAGAUUAGUCGAGACGAGCGAUGCUAUUAAAGUAGCUGCGAAAGCCGGGCGAAUUCUAACAGCUAUCGCUUUUACGAUGGUCGAUUAUGAAUCUCGAGCACGAGCGCUUGACGGCCUGAUUUCGAGGAAUUAUGUUUCGCUUAUCUCCAAAAACCAGCAAGAUCAGAUCGAGGGCGAGCUCGCCUACAUCCAAGAUUUCCUGCUGCCGAUCGAUUCAGGAAGAUUGGACGAAAGAACGAGGUCCGAACUUGUUGCGGCUUUCCGGAAACGUCUGCCUGCCAUUGAUGAUUUUGAUGAGGCGCAGACUUUGCAGGCCCUUAUAACGCGGUUUUCCGCACCACGUGGUGGU